AACACCCUCCCAAAUCCUAUCCCGCUAUAUAAACGCGCCAGAUCCACCGCCUCUCCACCAAGCACAAAUUGGCCACGACCAACACCCACAGCCCGGAUCCAGAUCUUGUUAUGGUAGCAACCUUCUUCUGCGUCGGCGGCUCACAGGGAAGGGAAGGACUCCACCGUCGAGCCGAUUUUCGGAGCGGAUCGUUCGUCGGUCAUCAGGCGAUGGCUCGCGCGGCGAACGUCGACGCGCCCGCUGCCGGCGCGGCGCAGGGCGGGGCGAGGAAGGCGGAGGGGUUGGCGGCCGUGGCCGGCGACGGCAGGAGGGUCGACCAGGCCGUGGCGUACCUGCUCAUGGCCGCCGCGCUCGCCGUCACCUACCUCGUGCACUGAUCGGUCGAUCGGUCGACGGACGACAGUCGGCAGCUAGGAGAAUUCAUGUUCGUGUGGCCUCAUCUUUGUGUAGAUCUUUAGCGAGGAAAAGAAAAGGGAUUCUAUUACUUUUGUAUCUCUGUAGCUAGUUGGAAUCAGUUAGAUUCGUAGGUGAAUCGCCUGUUCGUGUCGUUUCAUCCAUGUUCGUUCUGAAGGUCUCUUGACAUGUUCGUGGUCAGGCCCAGUUAAUUGAAGAACUAGGUUGACGUCUCC